CCGAUCAAAUCGCUUAGACACGCGUUGGAAAGCUGAGCUCAAGCUGACCAAUUUACAUAAUAAAAUCAUCAAAAUUGAUGGAGCGGUCCAAAAGUUAUAGGCAUUUUUAUGAAAAAAAGUGCGAAUUCACUUUUUUUCUAUAUAUGUAUAUAUUAUAUACAUAUAUAUAUGAGAAGCGAGAAAACAACGGAAAAUAAAAUGCUGCACGUGCCCGAUUGCCUAUCGUACCCGCGAACGACUCGUUUAUUUUAGAAAGAACGCGAAAAAAGUUUUUAAUAUUUACAUUGAAUCAUGAUCUAUUUCGUAAAACACAAAUAAAUAGUUCUACCUUUUUUAGUUUUAAAAUGUCUGCAUAUAAUAAAUAGCUUUCCAUUUCUCAUAAAAGACAACAGCGUUUUAUUUAUACGAGUUUUAUAUUACCAUUGAAAUAACAUCAUCACUAGACGAUACGAAAUACGUGUAAUUUUACAAUUAAAGCAAGUUAUGUUAUCUUAUAUUUUAUUUGACUAUCGAUUGAACAAACAGUAAUGGUGGUCAAAAGCUGCAAACUUUGAGGACUCAUGAUUCUCACCUGAGAUUAUACGGAACUCCAGAUAUAUUUUAACUUUUUCCAAAGUCGGCAACCUUAUCGUCAACCACUUUCUGUCCAGCCUAAUGUUCCAUCAAUCUGGCAUUGCUCUGUUAGCCUUUAUAAAUUGUAUGACCUAUCGAGAAAUUGUCAGAAUCUCUCUCAGUCUAGAAUAAUAUAAAAGCUGUGCUAUAAACAAUAAUUAUUAUUUUUCUAUCUUGUAGACGAUGUUGGUCGUGUUGGUCGUGCUAGUAGACAGGACAGGUGACGGCAAACAACUUUGUACUAGAACGGAACAUUUCGUAGAUAAAUUGUCGACUAUUGAGUAGUGACUUGCACGGGUAAGGAAACAUAACCCGAAGCCGAUCCAACUGUCAAACUGUUGUCGAUCUACCCGACAACAACUUCAUCCGAUCCGGCCCAAUACAAACAAUCCGAGCAUACAGACUUACCUUGUUAGACAAAACUUUUCCAGUGUAUAUUGCAGCAUCUCCUAAUUCAAACACUUUUUAUUUAUUAUACAAAACUACAGAUUCUGUUUCCUACCAGUACAAACUACUCAAAGAGAUCACUUUUCUAUCAGCUAAAAUUUCUUUAAAAUAAUACACCAUCCACUGAAGCAGGAUUUAACCCUUUGGCUCCCGGUGACGUAUAAAUACGUCUAGUUGCAAUUAUUGCAUGAUCAUAAUAGCUAGAAUAAAUUUGAAAAAAGAUUUGAAUAGCUGGAAGAAUUUCCGAUCUCAGGUGGUGUAUAC